UGAUUUACAGACAUAAAAGAAUCCAUUUAGAAGGAAAGAAGGAGAUGGAGAAGGAGAAGUAAUUAUUAAUUUAGUUAUUAUCGUGACAGCAAAGGCGAGAUGAAUCCGGAUUCAUGGAGCACGUGCCCCUUCUGCGAUUUUCCUGUUCCCUCAUCUCAACUCCAACGCCACGCCAACGCCCAUUUUGAUGAUCCCGACAUUGCUCAUCACAAGCUGCCGCAACAGAGUGAACAAUCAGUCAGUGGCUCUGGGUAUGGAGCAGUUUCUGGAGAUUGUAACUAUUGGUAUGGUGGUGGUGAGACUAGUAGAGAUAAUGGGGAAUGCGAAAUGGACGAAAAAAUCUCUUGCUUGAUUGGUUUACAGACAAGGAGCAAGUUUUACAAAGUUGAACUGGGUUUGAUGAACUUGUUGAGAAAUUGUUUGGAGUCUGAAACUGAGAAUUCAAAAAGCAUUUUGUCCGGUUAUGUGGAUCAUUUCCAGAGCCUUAACUCUGAGGAUGCUGGAUGGGGUUGUGGAUGGCGUAACAUUCAAAUGCUUAGUUCUCACUUACUAGCACAAAGACUGGAAGCAAGAGAGCCUUUGUUUGGUGGUUCGGGCUUUGUUCCUGAUAUCCCUUCACUGCAGAGAUGGCUUGAGGUUGCUUGGGGAAAGGGUUUUGAUGCUCCAGGAGCUGCUCAACUUGAUCACGUUGUUUACGGUUCAAAAAAAUGGAUAGGAACUACUGAGUGUGCUGCUCUCUUGCGUUCCUUUGCUCUUCGGGCAAGAGUAGUGGAUUUCGGUCCUAAGGAAUCCAAAUCUGUCUUAGGUACAAGUGUUGAUAAAACUGUGGACAAAGUAAGUAAUGAUAAGAUGGUAAACAGUAAAGCUAAAAAAAGUGAGGCUUAUCAAGUUCUCAUGGAUUUUGUGUGGAAUUACUUUUCUGAUGAAAAUGCAAUCCAAUUCGGUCAGCAGCAUGUUGUGAUCAGCGAGAAAACGCCCUUGUACUUUCAACAUGAUGGUCACUCAAGAACAAUAGUCGGAGUUCAAGCCAAACAUCAACAGAAUGGAAUUCUAUCGUAUAAUCUCCUAGUUUUGGACCCUGCUCACAGUACGACUGCUCUUGAAAGGUCACUAAAGCAGAAAAUUGGAUGGCAAAAACUCAUAAAAAAGGGGAGGAAUACACUUAAGAAGCCACAAUACCAGCUGUGUUAUGUUGAUCCCGGAAUUGCUGGUGAGGAGGAGAUGGAGACGCUCAAGACAAUUGACAGUGUCUUCCUUGAAUUAUAGGCAAACAUAUAAAGUGAUUUACUUCAUCCAAGUCCACGAUCUAUCUUUUAUUUCAUGUCAUCAAACUAUAUUUCUUGGCAUAUAUUCUGACUAUAUUUGAUUUCAUCAGAGAAAAAAUUUAAGAAAAAAA